CAGAGGAACAGGAAGACUCCGCCGAUCACACUCUGUCACUCAGAAGAUAAAAAAGUUAACUAAACUUGUCUCAGUCAUGGAAACUAACCUGGGAGACACCGCGGGGACCGGUUACCAUUAACACCGACUCGCUCCUCGUGUUGUACGCGCCGAAACAACUCUGGGAAGGAAGAAGAGCGGAGGGUUGUGUCUUUUUUUGUCUUAGCCCACGGUUACUCUGCCGAGCUAGCGUAGCUAAAGCUAACGUUAGCCCAUAUAGCGUCGGAUACUUUUAAGGAUUUAAAAGUCACAUAGUCGAACCUUCACGUUGUGUUACACCGAAGACACUGGUACAGGAAUGCCCUCGGUGUGUGUUGUGUAGACGCAACAGGUCGUUUCCGUACUUCUCGUCUCGAGGCUCCGGGGCUGCGCUUUGAAUUUCCCUCCUUCAGGGAGACGGACAGGCGGCUUCAGCGAAGGGGCUCCCUCGGUGUAGUUGGCUCUCGACCAAAUCCUUAGCAGCGCUGUGCUAAUUGUGGCUAGUAAGUUAGCCAGGGGGGGGACAAGCACAGGGUCGGGGGAAAUAAACGGUGAAGAUACUCCCGUGUGGGGCAACUGUGUUGUGUGUGUGUGGAGGUCACCACCACACUGGGUUUAUUUUGACAACCGAUUCGAGGAUUAAUCUCUGAGUAUGGAUCCGCACUCGGGCAGCUCCGCCUCAGCUUCUGGUCCCAAGAAGGACAAGAAGUCGAAGAAGAACUACGAGGAUGGAGAAGGGAAGAAGAAGUUUACACUCAAACGGCUGAUUCCCGAUGAGUUGGAGCGUUUCACCAGCAUGAGAAAAAAAAACGACAAGGAGAAGCCUGGCCAUGUGCCAGGUCAGCGUCACUCAUCAGCCGCCAACUAUGAGAUCAAUCCUCAGGCCGCCAUGAUGCACGAACAUUCUGAUGAAUAUGUCCUGGAGCUCUUUGAAAAGAUGUUGGUGGAUAUGAAUCUGAAUGGGGAGAAGCAGCAACCUCUGAGAGCAAAAGACAUUAUGAUCAAGCGAGAGAUGGUCUCCCAGUACCUCCACACGUCCAAAGCCAGCCAAAACCAGAGAGAGAGCUCUAAAUCAGCCAGGGUGUACAUCCAGGAGUUAAAGUCAGACUACCGAGACACACAACUGCUGAGCUGCCUGGAAUCUCUCAGAGUCUCCCUCAGCAACAACCCUGUCAGUUGGUUACAGAACUUUGGAGCUGAGGGUCUGGCCCUGCUGCUGAAUCUGCUGAGAAAACUACAGGAAGAGAAAGACGAGUACCCAAUGAUGGGAGUGAAAUGCCAACAUGAAAUCAUUCGAUGUCUGAAAGCCUAUAUGAACAACAAGCAUGGUUUGAAAUCCAUGCUGGAGUCAGAGGAGGGAAUUCCUCUGCUGGUCAGAGCCAUCAACCCUGCGGUGCCUCACAUGAUGGUGGAUGCUGUCAAGCUGCUCUCUGCUAUCUCCAUUUUGGAACAUCCUGAGAACAUCCAUGAACGUGUGUUGGAAGCCAUUACAGAAGAGGCUGAGAAACGGGACAUUGAGAGGUUUCAGCCUCUCAUCGCCGGCAUGACCAUUCAGAACAUUGCUCUUAAGGGUGGCUGCAUGCAGCUAAUAAAUGCCUUGAUCAGCCGAGGAGAGGAGUUGGACUUCCGGAUCCAUAUUCGCUCGGAGCUGCAGAGACUGGGACUCAAAGACCUGCUGACGGAGGUGCGGACGAUAGAAAAUGAAGAGCUGAGGGUGCAACUUACGGUGUUUGAUGAGCAGGCUGAGGAUGACUCUGAGGACCUCAAAGCACGUCUUGAUGACAUCCGCAUCGAGAUGGACGAUGUGAGGGAAGUGUUUGAGAUCCUGGUCAACACUGUGAAGGACUCCAAAGGGGAAAGCCACUUCCUGUCCGUGAUGCAACAUCUGCUGUUGAUCCGCAAUGACUAUCUGGCCAGGCCUCAGUAUUACAAGUUGAUAGACGAGUGUAUCGCUCAGAUCGUGCUUCACAGGAAUGGAGCUGACCCUGACUUUAAGUGCCGUAACCUUAGCCUCAACAUUGAAGGCUUGAUAGACAACAUGGUGGACCAGACCAAGGUGGAAACCAGUGAGGCCAAGGCCAGUGAGUUGGAGAAGAAGCUGGAUACAGAGUUGACGGCGCGCCACGAGUUGCAGGCGGAGCUGAAAAAACUGGAGGGCGACUACGAGCAGAAGCUGCGGGACCUGAGCCAAGAGAAGGAACAGCUGGCCUCUUCUAAGCAGGAGCGAGAGAAGGAGAAUCAGGGACUACAACAAGAGCUAGGCACUCUGAAACAGCAGAUUGAAAAGCUGUCUAAGGAUCUGGAAGAGGCCAAGACUAAAGUUGUCACAGUGAUUGUUCCCGUCCCAACACCUGGUGUGCCCCCUCCCCCGCCCGCCCCUCCUCUCCCUGGCCAGAAUGUCGGUAUGGCCCCUCCACCGCCACCCCCUCCUCCACCUCUACCAGGCCAUGCAUGCAUACCUGUUCCCCCACCGGCUCCUCCGUUACCUGGUCAAGGCAAUAUUCCUCCACCACCUCCUUUGCCUGGCAUGUCAGGACCUCCCCCACCCCCGCCCCUUCCUGGCAUGGCAGGCCCGCCGCCUCCACCACCCUUACCUGGGAUGGGACCUCCACCACCACCGCCCCCACCUGGGUUUCCUGGUAUGCCUCCACCACCCCCGGGCCCAGGCAUGCCUCCACCACCACCAUUUGGCAUGGGAGGAUGGGUUGCGGCUGCUCCCCCUCCUCUGCCUUUUGGGCUCCAACAGAAGAAGGAUUACAAGCCUGAGGUUCAGCUGAAGAGAGCCAACUGGAGCAAGAUCGGAUCUGAAGACCUCUCUGAGAAAAGUUUCUGGACCAAGGCGAAAGAGGAUAAAUUUGAAAGCAAUGAGCUCUUUGCCAAACUCACCUUGACCUUUUCCUCACAGACAAAAACCACUAAAGGUAAGAAUAUCACACUCACGCUUCCAUUUAGCUAGUUUUUUCACACAUCUUCUCCAGCCCUUUUCACCCUUCUCUCUCUCUGCUCGGAGGACAUGCUGCAUAUUUACAUUAUUCAGCAAUGCUGUGUCAAACCAGACACUCCCGUGAGUUCAUGAAUAAACCACCCACACCUGUGUUUGUGUUCAUCUUCUCGAGUGUGCCCAUGACUUGUUGUGCCGAGAGUGCGCUCCCAUCCGGGUGAGAUGAAUUGGGACUUGGGGGACGGAAUGAGAGAUGGAUAGAGGGAUAAGGAGAAGGUCACCGAUGUCCUUUGACUAGCCACCUGCUGUCCUGGCACAAAGCGCUGACACACGGGCAUACGCUCGCAUACGCACACCUGUCCACUCUUAUCACCUUGUCCCGGUGUCACUGAGCCUUCUGCUCUAACUUCUCCAUAUUCAUAUCAUAACCAGGAUACCGGGAACCCUCAGACAGACAGUGCGUGUGGGUGUGUAUAUAAUUCCGUCUGACCUUCAGAUUUGGUCUCCCUGCGCAUACACACACAGCUUGUGUCAUAUACAUAAACAGCCUACGCAGGCACACAUGGCUGAUGCUAGCUGUAGAUGUCACCUAAAUGUCAGUGUUGGCAGCUGCCCCAUCUGCAUUCACCUGUAUGGCAAGUCCUUACUUCCGCUUGUCACUCCUUAAUUUGACCCCCCAUCCCCUUGGCCUGUUCACCCACGCUUUCCUUUUAUUGGCCGAGACAGCCGCCUGUUGCAGUUGAUGUCUAAUAACCUUUUCUGAGAGCUCACUAUAAAGACACCGUGGCCUUUUCAUAGCCCCACACCUGUCUGUUUGUCUGCCCGAGUGGAUGCACUGAAUGAGAAGGAGAGGGAGAGAGAUUCGCCGAGUGUUUAUUACACUGUGUGUGUGGUUGAUUUCCUGUGUGUGUUUUGAAUGUGUUGAAAUCUGGUAGUUCGGACUAAAACAUUGAAGCAGUAUUG